AUAGAAAAUGCGCAAAAAACACAUCAACGUGGGUGUUUUCUUGAUAUUCAAUUCAGUCUCAUUGACAAUGGCGACCCAUAUAAAUCCCACCCAACUCAGGCAUGUCAAUUCAACAAACAGAUAAAGGGCAAACGGCAAAGCUAGCUUCUUUUCUUCAAUACACAGUUGAAGCUCGAGAAUGGCGGGAGGAGGAGUCGGUGCCUCGGAGAUGGAGUCGUCGCAUUGCUUGCUAGUGGAGUCGAUCCGUCAGCAUCUUCAGGAGGACAAUGUCGAGAACGGAAGCGGGUUCUUUCGCCGGAGCCCGAGCUUCAGCAGCAUCUUGCUGGCGGAGAGCUGGAGCGAGCUGCCGCUGAAGGUGGAUGACUCGGAGGACAUGGUGGUUUACGGAGCUCUCUGUGAUGCUCUCAGCUCCGGGUGGGACCCGGCACCUGGGGGUAUGGAGCUGAGGGAGGCGGCUCCGGAGGUUGAGAGGAACGAUGCGGCGGAGGAGGCGGUGAGUCAGUCGCAGUCGGCGGCGGUGGAGCCGGAGAGGCACUACAGGGGAGUGAGGAGGAGGCCGUGGGGGAAGUACGCAGCGGAGAUCAGGGAUCCAAAGAGGAACGGAGCGAGGAUCUGGCUCGGCACCUACGAGACACCGGAGGACGCCGCGGUGGCCUACGACAGGGCCGCAUUUCAGAUGCGCGGGGCGAAGGCGAAGCUCAACUUCCCUCACCUGAUUGGCUCAGUGAACUACGAGCCAGUGAGGGUGAGCCCGAAGCGGCGGUCGCCGGAACCUAGUUCGCCGUCAUCCUCCUCGAGUGGUGCGUCCCCCAAGCAGAAGCAGAGGAAGACCGGAUCGCAGUUUGAAUACGGGAGUGAGCUCGAAAUGGGGUUCUCACCAGACGAGCAAUUCUUCGCUUAAAAUUGUACAAAAAAUGAGAAAAUCGCAAUAUUAUUUUCCGAAGUUUAAAAGCCAAAAAUAGAGAAAUUAUUUUUCCAUUUUAAUUUCCAAAAUUCAGAAACAAAUAUCUCCCGAUUUAACGGACCAA